AUGUCAUUUGAUUCUUCUUCGUCGGAGGAUUUAAAUUAUCCUACUUCUUCCGACGAAUCCACAGGUAGUUCUUUGCAAUUUUUGCUUAAAACACAUAAAUAUCUUCAAGACACCGCAAGCUCUAGUGAAUUCCGACCCCGUCAAAGUAUAGAUCGCCGACGUGAUAUUGGUCUUCAAACUCUAAUGACCGAUUGGUUUGUUGAAGAACCAAAGUAUGACGACGCUUAUUUUCGUCGCAAGUUUUGUAUGGAUAAAAGUAUGUUUUUAUCCAUAGUAGACGACAUUGAAGCAAACUUCCCAUAUUUUCAAGAAGGAUACGACGCUCGAGGCAAGAGAAGUUUCUUGGCUUUACAAAAGAUCACGUCGGCGGUAAGACAACUCGCAACCGGCAACGCACCCGAUGAGUAUGACGAGUACUUAUGCAUGUCCGCAAGAACUUCACGUGAAACUCUUGAUCAUUUUUGUGAUGCCAUCAUUAAGUUGUAUGGCCGAGAGUACCUACGUAGGCCGACUCAACACGAUGUUGCACGCAUAUUCGAGGCCCAUGAGGCUAAGCACCACAUUCCCGGCAUGCUUGGUAGCAUCGAUUGUACCCACAUGGAAUGGAGGAAUUGUCCUAGAAGGUUGAGAGGGCAAUAUACGAGAGAGAUACUAGGAACGACUCCAGAUAGUUCAUUUUCUGUGAAUGGACGGGAUUACAAACGCGGCUACCAUCUUACCGAUGGAAUCUACAACAAGUGGGCGACCUUAGUUAAAGCGUACCCGUAUCCUACUGACCCAAAGGAAAAGAAAUUCAAGAGGUUACAAGAGGCAGCAAGAAAAGAUGUGGAGCGCGCAUUCUGUGUGCUCAAAGAAAAAUGGAAGAUUCUCAUUCGACCUUUUCGGCCUAUGACCAAACACAAAAUUGGUCAAUAUGUUUAUGCGCUAUGUAUUUUGCAUAACAUGAUCAUAAAGCGCGAUGGUAGGGCGAUAUCACCGGUUCAUAUCAUGGAUCCGCCGGUGAAAGCAGUUUAUAACGGUGAUGUAUACGAUGAGAUACAAGAUGAGGAUGUCCAUCACCGUCUUCGAUUCGACCUCACGGAGCAUGUCGCGGCUCAAAAUUUGCCAUAUCUUAAUGAGUAG